AUGUCCCAGGAGAUGCACAUUGAAGUAUCUAAAGGAGAAAUAAAGUCUAGUCCUUCUGAGCCGUUAAUGGAAAAAAAGAACAGCUUGAAAGAAGACCAUGAAGAAACGAAGUUGUCUCUCAGUGACACUGAAAACAGGAAUCCUGUUUCUGAGGGAGGGUCCGCCACUGUGCCCCUCAGGGCUGUAGUGGAAGAGAAAACAGUGUCAUUCAAACUGGGAGACUUAGAGGAAGCUCCUGAGCGAGAGAGGCUUCCCAGCGUCGACCUGAAAGAAGAAACCAGCAUAGACAGUGCCAUGAAUGGUACAGUGCAGUUACCUAACGGGAACCUUGUUCAGUUCAAUCAAGCUGUCAGUAACCAGAUAAACUCCAGUGGCCACUAUCAGUAUCACACCGUGCAUAAAGAUUCUGGCUUAUACAAAGAGCUGCUCCAUAAAUUACAUCUGGCCAAGGUGGGAGACUGCAUGGGAGACUCUGGUGACAAACCCUUGAGGCGCAACAAUAGUUACACUUCCUACACCAUGGCAAUUUGUGGCAUGCCUCUGGAUUCGUUCCGUGCCAAAGAAGGUGAACAAAAAGGUGAAGAAAUGGAAAAGCUUACAUGGCCAAACGGAGACAGCAAGAAGCGAAUUCGAAUGGACAGUUACACCAGUUACUGCAACGCUGUGUCUGACAUUCACUCGGCGUCUGAGAUGGACAUGAGUGCCAAGGCAGAGAUGGGUCUGGGUGACAGAAAAGGAAGUAGUAACUCUCUAGAAGAAUGGUCUGACCAGGAUAAACCAGAAGUGUCUCUCCUCUUUCAGUUCCUGCAGAUCCUUACAGCCUGCUUUGGGUCAUUCGCCCAUGGUGGCAAUGAUGUCAGCAAUGCCAUUGGCCCCCUGGUUGCUUUAUAUCUGGUUUACGACAAGGGAGAUGUUUCUUCAAAAGUAGCGAUACCAGUGUGGCUUCUGCUCUAUGGUGGUGUUGGUAUCUGUAUUGGUCUGUGGGUUUGGGGAAGGAGAGUUAUCCAGACCAUGGGGAAAGAUCUGACACCAAUCACACCCUCUAGUGGCUUCAGUAUUGAAUUGGCAUCUGCCCUCACUGUAGUAAUUGCAUCAAAUAUUGGUCUUCCUGUCAGUACAACACAUUGUAAAGUGGGGUCUAUUGUAUCUGUUGGCUGGCUCCGAUCCAAAAAGGCUGUUGACUGGCGACUCUUCCGUAACAUUUUUAUGGCCUGGUUUGUCACAGUCCCCAUUUCUGGCGUCAUCAGUGCUGCUAUCAUGGCGCUCUUCAUCUUCAAAGUGUGAAGCUGCUGCUUGAGAUUCAAAUUCGUGUCAAUGUUUGGGACCACCUUACACAUUCCUGCUCCUUUGAAGAAAGAUUACAGUGUUAUAGAAGACUGACACGAGUCGUUAGAGUUUGGGAGCUGUGGGAGGGAAGUGUUACUUGUGCUAUAAUUGCUUUUGUGCUAAAUAUGACUUGUCUCAAAAUUAGCUAUGUAAAAUAGCCGAGUUUUCACUGAUUCUUAAUAAGGUCCCCUUUCCUUCUGGGCUGUGAAUUCCUGUACAUAUUUCUCUACUUUUUGUAUCAGGCUUCAAUUCCAUUAUGUUUUAAUGUUGUCUCUGAAGAUAAAACUUGUGAAUUUUUUUUUUAAACCAUUCAGAGCUGUACGAGUGUGCUCUGCUUUGUUGGUUUCACCAGCUUCUGCCCUAACGUGCACAGGGAUUUAACAACAAAUAAUGUAACCGACGUUUCCCCUGUAGUCUCUUAUAGAAAUAGUCAUUGUACUCUGCCCUCCUGUCGGUAGUGGCAGGUUUGAUUGGUUUAUUUGGGAACUUCUAAGGAUGAAGUUCUUUGAACAUUGAAAAUUUAAGUUAGUUGUAACUUCUUUGCAAGUGAUUUGUUGAGGUAUUGCUAAGAAGUAGAAAGGAAUUCUUCU